GGGAUAGCAGACAGUGGAGGUCAGAGAAGAGAAACGCAAGCUUAAAAAUGUCACUUGCUAGUUUCACGUCCUUGAGCCGAUGUGGUUUUUUGGCGUUUCGCUCCUCAGCGGGAGUUUUGGCGGUCAGGUACGCCCAGACAGCUGCAGCUCCAGCUGUUCAGCCCAGGAUAAAGAAGUUUCAGGUGUACAGAUGGGACCCAGACACACCAGGAGAUAAACCCCAUAUGCAGACAUACGAGAUUGACCUCAACACCUGUGGUCCAAUGGUUCUUGAUGCCCUCAUCAAGAUUAAAAAUGAGAUGGAUGCCACUCUGACCUUCCGCCGCUCCUGCAGAGAAGGUAUUUGUGGAUCUUGUGCCAUGAACAUAAAUGGAGGAAACACACUCGCCUGUCUCAACAAGAUUGAUCCUGACCUGAGCAAGCCCACUAAGAUUUACCCUCUACCACACAUGUACGUGGUCAAGGACCUGGUGCCUGACAUGAGUAACUUCUACGCUCAGUACAAAUCUAUUGAACCGUACCUGAAGAAGAYAGACGAGUCAAACGAAGGGAAGGAGCAGUACCUGCAGUCUGUGGAGGACCGACAGAAGCUGGACGGCCUGUAUGAGUGUAUUCUGUGCGCCUGCUGCAGCACCAGCUGUCCGAGCUACUGGUGGAACGGAGACAAAUACCUCGGGCCUGCUGUGCUCAUGCAGGCGUACCGUUGGAUGAUCGACUCAAGAGACGAGUUCACAGAGGAACGUCUGUCCAAACUGCAGGACCCUUUCUCCCUUUARCGCUGCCACACCAUCAUGAACUGCACCAGGACCUGUCCCAAGGGGCUGAACCCAGGAAAGGCGAUAGCUGAGAUCAAGAAGAUGAUGGCCACGUACAAGGAGAAGAAGGCAGCGGCUGUUUGAAACACUCUGARGUCUUCUCAUCAAACUCUAAAGUUUAAAUUAUUUGUUGAUUUUUAAAAUGCUCCUUGAGGUCUGAUGGGCCUGAGCGUCUGUCCUCUUCAACACCGCACGUUUCUGACAGCAGAGACCGCUGUUAGAGCUGCCAUCAGAAGACUGGGUGUCACACAGUGCAGGACUACAGAAUGAAUGCUGGAGAGGUGUGUGUGUCUGUGCGUGUCUGUGUCAGUUUUACCUAAACUACCAGAGGUUUUAUCUCCAACUCUACUGUGUGGAUGUUUGGACUCUUGGAAGACAUUUUGCUUCACAGUAAAGUAAAAAUGAGGCUUUUUGUUUUUGUGUGAGGAAAAUUUGUCAGCUUCUUAUUUGUUAUUUGUCUCACAGCCGAACUGUUUAAAUAUUCCUCRAGAAUAAACAACACUUAUUGUUUCGAUGGGAAAUAAGUAACUAAAAUGUCUUUAGCUGUUUUCAUUUGCCGUUUAUCCGUCAUCUGCUAAUAUUCUCUGGAUGAUUCAUUGACCACCAGAUGUCACUGUUGUACAGGGAUUUAGUUGCAAAAGUUUUAGUACAUUUAUCAAAACUUUUAAGAGGAUUUUGUUCAUUUGUUUUUUUAUUGGACAAACUCAUAUUGGUAAAUCAAAAAGUAAAAAGUUGCAAUUAAAGGAUUUUGAGAUGAA